AUGGACAUGUAUCUGACCGCGAGCAGGAAGGCAGCAACAGAGUUCCUCCAGUCUCAGGACCCAGACCUGACUGACUCCCAGCGCACCGUCCGUGAGGCCAUCGCCAAGAUAUGCCAGCGCUUCCCCGACGAGUACUGGCUCGAGACAGACCGCUCCAAAACGUUUCCUCUCGAACUCCAUGCCGCUCUCGCGUGCGACGGCUGGCUCGGCAUCUGCAUGCCCGAGGCGUACGGUGGCUCCGGGCUGGGUAUCGCCGAGGCGGCGGUCAUGAUGCAGACCAUCGCCGAGUCUGGUGGAGGUAUGACCGCCGCGUCGGCUGUGCACAUCAACAUCUUUGGGCUUGAGCCAGUGGUCAGGUUUGGAACCGAAGAGCAGCGGCGGCGGUUUCUCCGGCCCAUGAUUGACGGCAAGGAGAGGGCAUGCUUCGCCGUUACGGAGCCGAACACGGGGCUCGACACGCUGAAGCUGCAGUCGCUGGCCCGGCGCAAGGGAGACGACUACAUUCUUUCGGGCCAGAAGAUCUGGAUAUCGACAGCACAGAAUGCCCACAAAAUCCUCAUCCUUGUGCGCACCACCCCGCUGGAGCAAGUCAAGAAGCCAUCCGAGGGCCUCACGCUGUUCUACACGGACCUCAAUCGCGACGCCGUCGAGAUCACAGAGAUUGACAAGAUGGGCCGCGCCGCUGUCGACACGAACCAGCUAUUCUUUGACGGCUGGAAGGUCCCCGCCGCAGAUCGCAUCGGCGAGGAAGGCCACGGCUUCAAAAUGAUUAUGCACGGCAUGAACGCCGAGCGGAUACUAAUCGGCAUGGAGGCUCUUGGGCUGGGCUUCGCCGCUCUGCGACGUGCAGCCACCUACGCCGGCGAGCGUGUCGUCUUCGGACGGCCCAUCGGGCAGAACCAGGCGGUGCAGCACCCCCUCGCAGACAGCUGGAUGAACCUCGAGGCGGCGCGCCUGUUGUUGAUGCAGGCGGCGCGCAUGUACGACCAGGGACACACGUCGGGCGAGUAUGCCAACGCCGGCAAGUACCUGGCGGCCGAGGCGGCGUUUCGCGCGUGCGAGCGGGCCGUCAUGGUGCACGGCGGCAUGGGCUACGCGAAGGAGUACCACGUUGAGCGGUAUCUGAGGGAGGUGUUUGUGCCGCGCAUCGCGCCGGUGAGCCGUGAGAUGAUUCUCAAUUACAUUGGGCAGCGGGUGCUGGGGCUUCCCAAGUCGUACUGA